AUCGGUUUGGGAGGAAUGGAGUUUCCUCCUUGCUCCAGAAUGGCCGGAUGCAUCAACCAAGCGAACGUGAAGUUUGCGAACAUCUUUCGUCAGGGAAGCAGCGUGUACAGAGACCUCGCUCAGGAUCAGGACCAGGAGCAGGACCAGGAGCAGAUCGUUGAGGGUAAUGAGAUCUCAGUGGAGAUGAAGUCUUCAUCUGAUGAAGGAGAGGAAGUGGGCAGAUCUUUCAGCCAGACACAGCAGAACUCGAACAGGAAGUGGAGCAAAUUGGCAAAGAUUGCAGUCGUAAUUAUCUUUGUCUUUAUCAGCGGUUACCUUCUGGGUUAUGUGUCGCAUCGUAAGCCCCGCGCGGUCAUCGAGCAGGUUGAAGACGGCGAUGAGGAGACCGAGACUGAAGUGGAGUCUACUCCGGACCUCAGGACUCAGCCCUUUGCAAACUGGAACAGCGUGACGGACACACUGGGAAGAAAACUCACCAUUUCGUCUAUGAAAAGAACCUUAGAUGAGGUUUCCUCUCAGGACCAUCGGGCCGGUAGUGAUGAAGACCACAGGCUGGGGCAGAAAGUUUUGGAACAGUUCCAGAAUCUGGAGAUGGACCCAUGGAUGGACGUGCACUAUGUGAAGUUGCAGGUUCCGUCUGGGGUCCAAAACAAAGUGCUGAUGGGGUCGGAGGAGGUCGGAAACCCAAAGGGGUAUUUAGCCUACAGCGCAACGGGAACGAAACAGGGAAAAGUGGUGUAUGCAAACUAUGGCAGAAAAGAAGAUCUGGAGACGCUUAAGAGUUGGGGAGUAAACCUCACUGAGAACAUUGCUCUGGUGAGAACUGGAAAACUCAGCUUUGCAGAGAAGGUUGCGAAUGCGGCCCGCUUUGGUUUAGCUGCGGUUCUGAUCUAUCGGGAGUUUGGGAGUGAGAAUGAACUCAACACCGAGCUCUACGGCCAGGUUCACCUGGGAACAGGAGAUCCUUACACCCCAGGGUUUCCUUCCUUCAACCAUACGCAGUUUCCUCCUUCUAAAUCCUCUGGUCUCCCGGAGAUCCUGGCUCAGACGAUCACCGGCGAAACGGCUCGCAAGAUCUUCCAGAAGAUGGGAGGAAAGGACGCACCUGCGGAUUUCAUCGGAAUGCUGCCGGGUGUCACUAAAUACACGCUGGGAGGAGAGACGAGCGUGAGCGUGAGCGUUAACAACGUCCUCGUCGACACCAAGAUUUAUAACAUCUUUGGGGUCAUUAAGGGCUUCGUGGAUCCAGAUCGCUACGUGGUGCUCGGCGCUCAGAGAGACGCCUUCGGCCACGGAUUCGCCAAAUCCACCGUCGGAACAUCACUGCUGCUGGAGCUCGCCAGGGCCAUCAAAGACCUGGUGAGAGAUGGGUUCAGGCCGAGGCGGAGCAUCGUGUUCGCCAGCUGGAGUGGUGGUGAAUUCGGCAGCGUGGGUUCUACAGAGUGGCUCGAGGCGUAUCUCUCCUCACUGAACCUCAGAGCCUUCAGCUACAUCAGCCUGGACUCCAGCGUGACCGGUUUAAAGCGGUUCAAAGCCUCCUCCAGUCCGCUGUUACACAAACUCCUGAAGAACACAAUGGAUGAGGUGAGAAGUCCUCGCAGCUCCAUGUCCCUCUCUGAGGACUACACCGACUGGGACAAGGCCGGACUCGAGCCCAUGAAGAUGGAGGACGGUGCUUUUCCGUUCCUGGCUUUGUCUGGAAUUCCCUCCAUCUCCUUCCGCUUCGUCUCAGACAGUGAUUCUUCAGACUAUUCAGGAACACCUCUGGACACCAGAGAGCAUCUGGACAAGGCCACCGAGUCGAAGCUGGAGGACGUCUUGGUUUCUGCGGCUCAGCUGGCAGGACAGUUGGCGCUCCGUCUUGUCCACGAUCACAUCCUGAAACUGGACAUUAAUGAGUACACGCGCAUCUUCAGAAUUAACAUGGUCCGGAUCAUGAGGGAGAUCAAGCAGGUUGAAGCACUUCACUCUGAAAUGUCCGCAGUGAUGAGUAUCAGGUGGCUUUCUUCUGCAAUCGGCUCGUACUCGAGCGCCGUCUCGGCUCUGGAAAGAGAGAUUCAGAACAGCGACCUGGACGUUGCAGAAACAUGCCGCAACAUCAACGACCGCAUCAUGAGGGUGGAGCACAACCUUCUGUCUCCAUACGUCUCCCCGAGAGACGUCCCGUUCCGUCACAUCAUCUUCGGCUUUGGUGAUUACAGCAUCGGCGCUCUGCUCCAGCACUUCGCUGCCCUGAAAGAGCGCGCCCCGGGUUCCGACACAGACCUGUUCCGGAACCAAUUCGCGCUGAUCACGUGGACCCUUCAAAGCUGCGCUAACGAUCUAUCAGGAGACGUCUGGGCUCAGGACAACCUCAUUUAAUGGGUCGUCUCUCGGUGCGAAGGCCCGGUUCGGUCCAACAGCGAUGUGUUACAGUAACAACCAUUUUGAAUUUGAGCGACAUUUUAACGCUAAAAUAUUAAGAAUUAAUUUGUUUAUUAUCCCGACGUGUGCAUAAUGAUAAUUUAGUGCUGGGCAGUGCGUCACUAUUACAAUAUUGCGAUAUUCAUUCUAACAAAUACCUCAUAAUCCUGACUGUAUCAGUAGCUGCUUUCAGAACACACUGAAAUCACACACGCAUGAGCCGAGUGCAGCUGAUCUGCUCCUGCUUUUAAUCCAUUUUUAAUGGGGAAAGUUCUGGAUUAAAAAAAAAAAUAUUUAUUUAA